AACAGGUGGGGUGUUAGGGACCCUAGAGGAGGAAGGGAUUGGGAAAGAUAGGGAAAGGAGGGAGGAGGAGGAGAAGAAGAAGGAGGAGGAAAAGCAAUUUGGGGCUUUUGUCCGCGCUUAUUUAGAGCCCCCUCGGAGCAGAGAGGAACAGCACAUGGACCUAAUCUGAACGGUUUAACGAGGACUGAGCGUUUGGUUGGAAGUUGGAGGAAAAAGAUGUGGUAACCCUUUACACACCAGGCGAACAAAAAACCAAAGGAAAAGCGAGUGGAAGUCUAUCCUUGACGGGAAAAGUGACACCAUGAGUUGGAGUUUCCUGACACGUCUUCUGGAGGAGAUCUCCAACCACUCAACAUUUGUAGGCAAGCUCUGGCUUACGUUGCUGAUUGUGUUUCGGAUCGUACUGACAGUGGUGGGUGGUGAAUCAAUAUACUAUGAUGAACAGAGUAAGUUCGUAUGCAAUACACAUCAACCUGGUUGCGAAAACGUGUGCUACGAUGCGUUUGCGCCGCUCUCGCAUGUAAGGUUCUGGGUUUUCCAGAUCAUCGUGAUCACCACACCCACCAUUCUGUACCUUGGGUUUGCCAUGCACAAGAUCGCACGCAUGGACGACAACGAUUACGGUUCACGUGGUGGGCGCAAACGCAUGCCUAUGGUAAAGCGGAGCGCCAACCGUGACUACGAGGAGGCAGAGGACAACGGCGAGGAGGACCCCAUGAUCUCAGAGGAGAUUGAGCCGGAGAAGGAGAAAGAAAAGGAGAAAGAACCAAAGAAGAAGCAUGAUGGACGGAGACGCAUCAAGCGGGACGGCCUGAUGAAGGUCUACGUGAUGCAGCUUCUCUCACGUGUGGCUUUCGAGGUGGCUUUCCUGUUCGGCCAGUAUGUGCUGUACGGGUUCGAGGUGGCACCGUCCUACGUGUGCACUCGUAGCCCAUGCCCACACACUGUGGAUUGCUUUGUUUCGCGUCCCACUGAGAAGACCAUCUUCCUGCUCAUCAUGUAUGCCGUGAGCGCUCUCUGUCUGCUGCUCACCUUGCUUGAGAUCUUGCAUUUAGGCAUCAGUGGCAUCCGUGACGCUUUCCAUAACCGUGCAAGGCGCCAACAUCACCAUCAACUAGCCAGGACUAAUGCGAGAAGCUUGGUCUGCGCACGUCACAUGCCCUCAGCACCCCCAGGCUACCACACAGCCCUGAAGAAGGAUUCUGGCAAGGCAGGUGCAAGAGGUGAAUACAACCUGGGUGACUUGGACCGCGAGGCUUUGGGGGACGUGUCCACACGGGAGCACAUGCGACGGCACCUAAAGCUAGCGCAGCAACACCUGGACAUGGCCUACCAGAGUGAGGAGGGCAGUCCGGUGCGAAGCGGCAGCCCUGAAUCCAAUGGCACUGCCGCUGAGCAGAACCGCCUCAACUUUGAGAAACAAGAGAAGCAAGCCAGUUCCUGUGAGAAAGGAAUCAGAGCCUGAGUCCCAGGUCAGCGUUUUGCAUCUGUUUUCUUUCCUACCGAAACAACAUGGAGGAAUAGCCGCUAUAAAGAUGGACAUCGUGUCUGUGUAGGAUUUUUUGCUAAGGCAGCACAACACUGUGAGCAUGCUGGAGAACAAUAAGAACAGCCUGUGCAGUAUUAUGGCAGGACGGCACGUCAGCCUCUGAGAAGAUCUUCGCAGCCGGUGAUACUUGAGGAGCAGUCUGCCUGACAUUCCAAAGUACAUGGGGCAAAUAAAAAAAUUCGUUCUGUAGCUGACUGAGCAGUUUUUGUGUGUUUAUCCGUACCAGGAGAAGAUCGUCCAUAUGUUUAAAGCGCUUCUUGCGAAGCGUCAAGGGUUGCAUCUCAAAAAUGCCUUACGUUUUUUUUUUUUUGUGUUUGUUUGUUUUUUAAAACUGGAGUUUACAUAUUUCGUUGUCAUUCCAAAAAGCAAUGGAUGAGCCAGUGUUGAAUCACACUAUACUUUUUGGAUAGUUUAGGUACAAAGUUAGGUUUUGUGUUUAAGUAGUGAUCUGUAAUUUGUAACUGCAUGUAUAUGUGAACAAGUGUCAUCAAAGGGUUUGUUACUGUCAAAAGUAGAAUUUUUGUUUGUUAUUCUGUUUAGGUUUUGAUCUGUAGAGUUAUGGUGGGGAAGAUUGAUUCUUCCUCUAGGACAUACUGUAGGAUAUACCAAGGACCUGUGUGUAAAGUUCCCAAGAAGGCGUUCUGGUCUUGAACCAGGUUUAUAGACUUGACUCGAUGUGUCAAAGAAAAAAUUCUCCUUGGCCUUAUAUAGUACCUGUCAAAAGAUUGGACCCACCCAGUCUCUGAACUCUUCUUUAUACUGUUUUGUUUUGUUUUGUUUUAAUAAUACUGAAUACACCAAAACUGUUGGCUACCUCAUAUGGGGGGAACGCAAUGAACAAACUUUGUAUAGAACUUCUAUUUAUUCAGAGUAGCCUUAAUAACAACUUUGUUUAGCAGCUCCAUUAGAUAGCCAUCUUUGUUGCUUCGCCAACUUACCUGUAUGAUGUGCACUCACUUUCUGACCCUCACAGGAGGAAAAUCCAUCUCAAGACUCAUUCAUAGGCAUCAACACACUUAUUUAUGUUUUUCAAAGCAUGUUUAAACCAAAAGCUUUAUGAUCAUAAGAACUGGGUGUGUGUCCAAGCUUUUGACCAGUAUUAAAGAGCAUCUGGGUGGAACUUUGACUCCACUAUAGAAUCCAUGUGGUCUUAAUCAACAGGUAAUUCACACUGACCUUUGAGACCACCACUGUUUUUGAGUCAUGUUUUACGUUAGGCAUUCAAGUGGCCUCAGUUUCCACUGCUUUAAAUUAGAACAUCUGUUUCAUUUGUAUUUCACAAAAAAAUGAUGUUGCACAACUUAAAUCCCAGUUACAAACUUAAUUUGGUGGUUUUGUGUAUAUUGGGCUCCACAUUCCAAACGAAUUUGAUAUGUAGCCUGUACUUUGACAGUAAUUCAUCUCGGGACACGGCGCCAUCUGCGAUGUAGGUCUGUACAUUUGAGAAAAUAUUCGUCUCUGUUGCUUGUUAGAAACUGGAAACUGGCGAUCACCGUGCUGAAGGGUGUCAGCUUUGCUGUUCGGGAACAUUAAAGCCACUUUUUUGGUGCCUUUUAAAUAAUCAAAACAAUGAAAACCUGGAAAAUGCUUGAAUACUUGUGAAGCGUAUUUGUUGACCUGCAAGGAAGCUUUUGAUAGUUCUGUUUUCCACCUUGUGUGCGAUGUGUAUAUGAGGAUUUUUGUUGAAUGCCUCUUUCUUCGGAUGAGGACAGCAAGGCUUCUCUGUGCCAUACAAAAUGUUCUAUCUUUAUUGUUAUUUUUUUUAUGAAUAUUUUGCUUACUUUUUUCCGCAAUACGUUUUCCUUUUAGGCCUGAUGUGGAUCUAUCUGGCCAUUCUGUUUGAGUCUUGUGUGUUUGGUCUAAUUUUUAAUAGGGUUGUGUGUGUGUUUUUUUUUUUUUUUUUUUUUUUUUUUUUUUGCUUUUUGCCCCCCCCCCCCCUUUUUUUCCUCUAAAUCUGUUUAGUUUCUUCUUCUUCUUCUUUUUAAACAAUCAUUUGGUUCGUUAUUUAAAUGGAGUCAAACUGGUCCAAAUGCAUUUACAUGUUUAUAUGCCUGGUUAAUGGCCAUGUGUAAGAGCUAAACUUGGGAAACGAUCCAAUCCUUGAUAAAUGUGCCCUAUUGACUGGUGUUUAUCUAGUCUAAUCUGAAAGAGAUUAGCUUUGGGGAAUUAAAAAAAAAACACAAGAAGUA